AACCAGAAUAUUCCGGCCGAUGUUUUGAACGCAGCGAAACCGAUUCCCAUUCUGUUUAUCGAUUGCUGGAGCGAGUCGAGCAUUGAAAAACACUCCGGAGUUGUUCAGAUAUCGCGCACGGGUUUAAAUAACAGGAUUUGAAUGGAAGUAUUUAGAUAAGUAUCAAAGAAAUGGAUAACUCCAAUGGAAUCGGCAUAUGUAGCAUGGGUGUCGUGAAUGCUUUUGAUCUUGAUGGAUUGGGCAAUGCAAGGAGAUCAUGUUUUUCGGUCAAAGAAGCUCGAGCGCAUAACCCAGAGUGGGGACCGGCAGCUUCAAGAGAAGAAGUAGCGUAUGUGAGAUCGUCUGAAACCGGGUCGCUGCAAAUAACGAGGAAGCUGAUGAAGUUUUCAAUCAGUGGCCGCCGAGGCUACAGUCCAUGGAGAACAUUGCAAGAUGCUUUAUAUUGCAGUCUCGGGCGUUUUCACAACGGCGAACAUUUGUUUUGCAUUCAUUCAGGCCCAAAUCACGAGUUUUACUACGGACAACCCAUCUUGCACUCCAUCGACAGAUUUCGUUCGCAUAGGAAACCGUUUCCGCGAUGCAUUAUUAUAACUACAGACGGUAAACGCUCGAAAUCUGUAAUGAGAGGCCUACUCAACAAGAGAAGAAGUUCUAAUUCCACUCGUCCAAAUACACAUAUAACAAAUCUAGACACAACUGAGCUGUCAAAUGAAUUCAUGACAUCGAAUAGAUCUAGAGUUUUCAUUGGUUCAUUCAAAAAAAUCAAAGAGUAUAUCGAUAAGCUGAAGAAUGAAAUGGAACAGUUGGAUGAUUUUAUAUCUGUUCUACGUUUUGUUAUCAUUAAUAAUGCCGAGAAGUUGAAGGGGAACAGUGAGUUUGCCGACUCACUCGGACGUCUCGCUCAAACUUUUGAAAGUUCUUUGACACGAUUCAUCUUCGCGUAUCAUUUCUCAAGUUCAGUUGCCUCGUUAACCGAAACACUCGAGUUUUGCAAAGGUAAAAUGGAAAGACCUGUGCUCAUUGAAGCUGAUAAUCCGAGAGUUCGUGAUGUAUUUUCCAAUAUCGAAUGCAAGUUGGUACGUCCUAUCAGUGAAAUUGCUAGUCUACUUCCGACCCAGGAGAGCACACUUGAGAAUAAUAAUAUAAGUCCCGCAAUUGUCUCGCAAUAUUUGACCGAAUCAACACAAAAACUGAAGAUACUAACCAUGUUGAUCAAAAAAGAAAGAGAUGCAAGAGCGGCAGAUAACGGUAGAUCUGGACGGAGAGACAAACCCCGCCGUGAACGCAUUCUCGUCAUAACACGAACGACGGAAACAUGUAUUCGUGUGAUGAUGUACCUGAGGCUGAAAAUGCAAACUUUAGCUGUGAACCUUCGUUAUAAUAUUCAUAAAAUUACAACAUGCGACUCCGAAGAAGAUGUGGAAAAACGAAACUUUGAGUUUCGCACGGGUAAUCUCGAUGUGCUUGUGAUCGACUGGAGAUCAAUUCGCGCUGUUCACCGAGGCGCCGUCGACACUAUCGUUAUGUUUGAUUCUCCGCAUCCACUAUAUUUUCAAACAAUUAUGGAGACGGAGUUGCAGAACCUCGCUUCGAUUAUUGGAGUGAAACUGAAGUUAUACAUGAUUAUCGACCAGAAUAAGGACUUUCGCCUCGUUCGCGAAUAUUUAAAGUUUCUCGAAUGCAACAAAACACGAGCGCCCACGUGGUUCCGCGAUCUUUACCAAAAAUACCUGGCGGAUCGACAAUCGAGAACAACUGCAGCUGUUGCAACUGCAACAUCAGCUGUUCCUGUUUAAAUAUGUAUUUUUCUUCCAACUUCUCAAAAAUUAUUUUCCCCAUCUUUGUGCUGAUUUAUUUGUUUCUUUCCGUCCCAUUCACACGAUUCUUAAUUUUACUGGUUUUAAACUUUUUGUAUUUUGUUUUUUUUUGUAACAUACAAUGUUUUUUGAAUUCGUGUUUCAUAUUUCUUGUUUUGAAUCCUAUGGUUACAGCUUCAUUCAAUUUAUCUUUCAAUAUCUUAUAUGACCUAUUUUAAAUAAUCAUUUUUGAUGAUU